GGCCUCGCUUGCUCCUCUUUCUUCGCCUCUGAUUGUUGUUUGACCUGCUCUUCGGUCCAAGGGCAAAGCAAACCCAAUCAAAAACCCAAAACCAUCUCUGCCACAACUUGGAACUUGCAAAUCAGCGAAGUUCAAACGCUUUCCUCCUUUUUGCUUCACUUGACUUUAUACAGUACCACCAUGGCGUCCACCGCACCUACACCAUCUACAAGCUCCAAUGCCGAAUGUUUCUACCGGAGUUCGGCAGAUGCCGCCGCCGCUGCCCGCGAACUUCAAUCAUUGACAAGCACGCCCUCGUUGGUGGAGCUACAAACGUCUUUGAUUCAGAGAUACGUUGCUACUCGUCCAAACGAACAGAACGCUGCGUUCCAAGCGGCAGGGGGAGGUCGAAUGAACCUGCACGAUGUGAUUCAGUUUGCUCUGGGUGUUGUGGCAGAAGAUGACUUUGACUCCUGAACGGUCUCAGUGUCUCUUUCGAAAUCUUCUAUCUGUUGCCCAACGAGCCCAGGGAGGAACGAGAUAUGAAGGACAACACGAAAGUAUUGUUUCGCAGCAAGCCUCACCCAACACGGAUCCUGCGCUUCGAACAACUUUUCUUUAGAGUGAGCACUGCAAUGACCCUACCUAAACAGACCUAUCACAUGUAAUAUUUAACUUCUCAUUUACUGGAAACACAGUCCAACCAAAG